AUGCCUUCCUCAACAACACGACUCAUCUUCAGCAUCUCCCUCCUGUCCUCCCUCAUCACAGCCCAAGAAGUCACUCCAUCUCCCUCAGCAGCAGCCCCAGUCGACUGGGCCACCGUCGUGACCUGGCCCGCAGGCUGCGAAUCUUGGGCCAACCCCUGCCCCGCUGGCGCAAAAACAUCCGGCGUCGCACCUACCCCCGCAGCUGAAGCGCCUGCCACAUGGAGCUCCGACCCCAACUACACGAACGGAUUCACAAGCUACCUCACUGAGACGGACAGCAACGGUGUUAUCACUGGCAUGCCGCCCAAAGCCACGAGCGCGGGUGGACAAGCCAGCGUACUGUCCGAUCAGAGCUCGUGGCUUUCUGCUUAUGGGUCGACAACGCUCAGCACGCAAACUACUAGUGAAGAGUCGUCGGCGGCUUCAGCUACAUCCAGCCAGUCUGGUAGCUUCGUGAUUGCUACCAGUACGGCCACGAGCACUCCAUACCAGGGUGCCGCGAACACGAUCGUGGUGAGGACUGGUGCGGUCAUGGGUCUUGUUGGAGGAGUUGCUGCUCUACUUCUGUAG